CAAAAGCAGGCUAGUGCUGCAACUUUGGCAACUGAAAACCAAUCUUCGAAUAUGCUAUCAUGCUUCAGAAACAAGAAAUACAAGACAAAAGAGGAGGGAUGCUUCUUGAAGAAUGGAGCUGCCAUGUUAGAACAGCUUAUACAUUCUUUCUAUGGGAAUUGUAAUCUGAUUCAGAUGUACUCCCAAGAAGAGCUCAAGAAAGCAACAAAUGAUUAUUGUUGGGAUGGAAUGGCACAUCGAGAUUGGAACUCUCAAUUGUACAAAGGAGUUCAUGAAGACCAUGUAAUUUUGGUGAAAAUGUUUGAAGCAGACUCAAGUAGUUACAUGGAUCCUCUAGAACUGAUUACAAAUGAAGCUGCAAUAGCCUCAAACAUGAGCAAGCACAAGAAUGUUUUGAAGCUCUUGGGAUGCUGCCUCGAGUCUGAGUUGCCUACGCUAGUUUACGAAUUCCCAGCAAAAGGAAACCUCUACACCACAUCUGAGGAGAUGGCCAAUCACUACAAUGGCAGAUCAGCAUAAAGAUUGCAAUUGAAGUAGCAGAUGCAGUUGCCUAUCUCCACUAUGGCAUGCCGAAGAUGAUCAUCUAUCGAGAUAUAAAGGCUGGACAUAUCUUCUUAGACCAAGACUAUGUUGCAAAGCUGUCUGAGUUCCGAACCUCAGUUCCAAUUCUGUUGGGUUAAACUCAUGUGGAUGUUGAAGUAAUUACCGGGACUCAUAGGUGCCUGCCUCCUGAAUAUGCUAUAUCGGGAUGUACUUCAGAAAAGAGUGAUGUCCAUAGCUUCGGAAUUCUGUUAUGUGAGAUCUUCGCAGGAAAGAGAUGGGAUAGUUUACUAAUUUGGUUUAUGGAGAAUUCUAACAAAGGCAGUUCAAGCUCAUAUAACGAGCUAGAGUUUAGACAGUUAGCCAAUCUUUUCAAAACCUACUUAGAGGCCAAUGUCUUGGAAGAAGAAAACAAGAAGCAAGUAGUGGAAUGUGCUAAGCUCAUAGAGAGGUGUCUCAAAACAAAUCCGGAUGACAGGCCCAUCAUGACAGAGGUAGCACAAUCACUCAGAUUGAUCAAAAGCUUAUAAUAUUGAGAUGAUCAAUGGUCAAAUUAUAAAAUUGUCAUUGUUAAA